AUGGACGGCCAACCACAAUUCGAUAUCAGCAAACUCAGCAUGUCUGAUCGUCAAGAAUUGAACCAAUUCUUGCAAAAUGAGACACAAAAGUCGAAUAUCCAGCAGACCGUCCACCAGCUCACUGAUAUCUGCUUCAAGAAAUGCGUCACCUCGAAAAUCUCAUCCAAGACACUCGACCGAACCGAGGAAGCCUGCGCACAAAACUGUGUCAACAGAUGGCUGGAUGCGAAUCUUGCUAUUGUCAAGCAUUUGGAGGUCGUUCGCGGAUCGCAAUAA